AAAAAAAAAAAAAAAAAAAAAGAAUUUCUGUUAGUUACUGGUUUCUUUAACUGUUUGGGACUUAGUUUCUUUUUUUAUCUUUUUUGAGAAAAAAUCUCACUCUGUUGCCCAGGCUGGAGUGCACUGGUGCAAUCACAGCUCAUUGCAGUCUUGACCUCCCAGGCUUAGGUGAUCCUCCCACUUCAGCCUCCUGGGUAGCUGGGACAACAGGCAUGUGCCACUAUACCCAGCUAAUUAUUUGUAUUUUUUAUGGAGAUGGGAUUUUGCCGUGAUGCCCAGGCUGGUCUCAAACUUCUGGGCUCAAGCCAUCCACCUGCCUCAACCUCCCAAAGUGCUGGGAUUCUAGGUGUGUGCCACUACACCCAGCCUAGGGCCCAGCUUCAAAAGGAGGUGCUCCCUCAGUUUGGGGCCAGCCAGGCCCGCUGGGACAGCAGGACCCAGAACCCAGGUCUGCCGUUGUCCUCAAGCCCUGGACCACAGCCAGUUUCUGGCCAGGCUGCUCAUGAAAGGCCAUGGGCCUGGCUGGAACCUGCUGCCUUAGAGCCAGGCCUCUUCCCGGGGGAGGGGCGUUUGCCCGUUGCCAGGUGCCCGGGUUCCGGCUCUGGCACUAGCGGCGGCCAUGCUGCAUGUGCUGGCCUCGCUGCCUUUGCUGCUCCUGCUGGUGAUGUCUGCCUCCACCCACGCCUGGUCGAGACCCCUCUGGUACCAGGUGGGGCUGGACUUGCAGCCCUGGGGGUGUCAGCCAAAGAGUGUGGAGGGCUGUAGGGGUGGCCUGAGCUGUCCUGGCUACUGGCUGGGCCCUGGAGCAAGCCGCAUCUACCCCGUGGCUGCGGUCAUGAUCACCACCACGAUGCUGAUGAUCUGCCGCAAGAUACUGCAGGGGCGGCGGCGCUCACAGGCCACCAAGGGUGAGCAUCCGCAGGUGACCACUGAGCCCUGCGGACCCUGGAAACGACGGGCCCCAAUCUCAGACCACACCCUGCUCCGUGGGGUCCUGCACAUGCUGGAUGCCCUCCUGGUCCACAUCGAAGGCCACCUAUGUCAUCUAGCCACCCAGCGGCAAAUCCAAAUAAAGGGGACUUCCACCUAGAGUGGGUGACUGAA